CUCGUAAGGCGCAAACGUCCUCCUUUGCUAACGCGGAGGUUUAGCCGUCGGGUUGAUUUCGGGGGUGUGGAAGUGGCUUUGUGGUUCCGCCUCAGCAGUGGCGGCCUCCGACCGCUAUGGAAGGGAAGCAGGGGCAAGAAAGCCAUACAACUCUAGCACUCGCCCAGGCUCACUUCAAGAAGGGUGAAUACGCGGAGGCCGAGGCGUUGUACUCUGCUUACAUUCGCCAGUGCGCCUGUGCGGCCCCCGCAGGAGCGGCUCCCGUGAGCAAAUGCAGCCCUGAGGAUUUGGCUACCGCGUAUAACAGCAGGGGGCAAAUCAAGUACUUCAGGGUUGAUUUUUAUGAAGCCAUGGAUGACUACACAUCUGCCAUAGAAGUUCAACCCAAUUUUGAAGUCCCAUAUUACAACAGAGGGUUGAUACUGUAUAGGCUGGGGUACUUUGAUGAUGCUUUGGAAGAUUUCAAGAAAGUAUUAGACUUAAACCCUGGAUUUCAAGACGCUACUUUGGGCUUAAAACAGACUAUGUUAGACAAAGAAGAAAAACAAAGAAGAAAUUAUUGAAAAAAUUUUUUGAAAAUUUUAACUUAAUUGAAAUGUUACCUCGUGAUCCUUACACCCAGCAUCUCCUUGUCUCUAAAGUAGGUGUUGAACUGUUUUGAUUUUUAUUGAAGAUAAAGACAUUCAUGCAUUAACAUGGAAAGUUAAAUAAUAUAUUUACAUAAUUAAUUUCAGGUGAACUCUUUUAUGUUGAAUAGGCAUGCUUUUUAUAAAGUAUAAAUAAUAACAAUGUAUAAUUGUAUACCAUUACAAUAAAAUAUUUAACGAAGUGUGUGUGGUAUCUUCAGUAAAACAAUUUUUUGCUAUAUUUUAAUUCACAACUUUUUAUUUAAAAAUUUCAUAUCUACAGAAAAGUUGAAGUAUAAUACAAUAAACAAUAUAAACCAGUUAA